AUUUAAGAGUUGCGGAUCACAUUGCGAUUGAAUUUAUCACCGACUUCUUCAGCACCAUUCAUCCAACUCCAAGGCUCCAACACGUGGCCUGUCAUUAUUAGGCUGUCAACAACUGCGAGGUGAAGGUAAUCGUCGUUAUGCUGAACCAGAUUCCACAGGCCACUGUAAUCCAUCAAAAUAAAAAAUAUGAGUUCAAACAGUAUUUGUUCCGCUCCCUUCUCUCCCUGGAUAAAUGCCAAUGAAUGGCUCAUGGUCUAUGAUCAAUUAAUGGACAGCAAUGUUGCAAGCUGGACAUCAGCUCAUCAAACUCUUUCUUCUUGGGUUUCAUGCACAGAUAGGACUCCAGAACAUGUUUAUGCAACAUUGCCAGUGCUUGCUGCUCGCUGCACCCUACAAUCAACUGAGCUGUGCUCAGCUCCAGGUGCCUCCACUCACUUGAAUCUUCCUGGUCCAAUAACAUCAGGCAGCCUCAUCUGCUUGGUGGUCAACAAUGCAGUCAUUGAAUUCAUCAACAUAUUUGUCAAGGGUGUAGAGAGCAUAUCACUCUCCAAUGGCCGCCUAGACAGCUUGCAGCAGAUGGCUUCAGAGGCUGGACUGCCUCCUGAUCUCAUCCCCCUCCGUAACAGUCUUGUUCACAGCACUGAUCACUUUGACACCAGCACUUACUUGCUCCACUCUCAGGUGGUUGACAUCAUGUGGAAUUAUCUCAAGGAGAAAUACUGGGAUGUUGAGUACCUGGUGUUACAGCGUCGCUGUGAACUCCUUGCCAGUGUAGAGAAUGACGGCUCCGUCAUCGAAGGAACAUCUUCUCAACUCACAUCCAUUGUACAAACUAUUCUAGCCACGGUCCAGUCCCAAAACUCAAACAAGAAAGUGCUUUCCAAUGCUCCUGUUUUAUUCAGGUCAUUGAAGGAAGCGCUGUUGGAGAGCCUCAAUAACAUUGAGGUGUUCAUUAUGGAAGGCCAGGUGUUGGACUAUGAUGGGCGUGUACAGAACGUUUUGAAAAUAUUAGUUGAAGACUUCUUACUUGCACCUUCCUUCGGCCAGUUCAUUCUCAAAGAACAAGCGUCGUGCAGUUGUGGGUCACGCAUCGAUCUGAGUCGGGUGCUCCUGAAGAAGUUGCUGGUUGGAAUCCUAACUAAAGCUCCUGAACGUAGAGUUCCAAAACUCGUCGGCUUGCGCACCAACAUCAAACCCAGCAAAGCUGAACACUACCGUCAAAACGUUGGCUGCGCCAACCACGUUUUUGCAAUCUUACUGGAACACAUUAACUCAGGAAGUGACUGCAGUUCCCUGGCGCUUGAGUGGUUCAAGCUUUUAUUGAGUAACUGUGCUCCAUACGAGUUUCCCGACUCGUCUUCAUGCCUGAAGUGUGGCGAGCAUAACCUGUUCUUGAGCGACGUGAAGGUGGCCAGCGUGAAGGAGCCCCAGACUGGCUGUUCCCUGAGAGGCAAAGCUGUGCCCAAUGUCCUCUGGAGCUCCCUCAUCUCGGUCAUGCUUACUGGCAGUAAUGAGCAGCUCGUUCAAGAGGCGGCCAGGCUGGUUGAGGCUUGCAUCUCAGCAAUGCAGGACUCCGAGGUCCGCUGCCUAGGACGAGCUGUGCGAGAAGAACAGGAUCAACUCCGAAUUUUGGAGCAGCAGAUAAACUCUGGCUUGACCCAGGGGGAAGCUGAAUACAGGCUGUGGAGUGCAAGCCAUCCGCCCACACAUCCUCAAGCGAAGAAAGCAGGCUUCCUGAGGCUCAUAGAUCGAACGAGGCAACAGCUUCACUACAAAGACGAGGCCUUGCACGUUAUAGGUAGCCGAUUCGCUUGUGUUCCUCUAGGAGACCUUAUAAUUAAGCCAGAAAACGAUCGACCCUUGAGUUGCAAAACUGCCUCGCUGAUGGAUGUUGUAACGUCUUCUGAUGGUCUGAAAACCCUGGCAGCUGCAGACGGUAAUCCAGAUGAGGACAUCGUGCCUUUGAACCAAGCGGCUAAUGAACGAAAGAGAAAAUUUAACAGAGACGAGUCGCCCUCCGCUGGAAAUACUUCCUCUUGUAUCACGAAGAACAAAAAGACAGUUCUAAAUUCUUCCCUGUUCAAUACACAGACGAAGGUUGUUAACCAAAGAAACAAGCGAAAGAGAGAACGAAAGAAAGAAAUAAACGAAAGAAGAAACGGUAAUAAAAAGUAA